GGGCACCCAGCCCUAUGGAGACUACAGGGCGCUUAGCCUUAGAUAUUAGCUGUCGCUUGGAAUGCGUCUCCUACUGCCUUUGGAUUGCUGUGAAGCUCUGAGUAAUGUGGAUUAUAGCAAGGUGGAUCCGUCCAUCAUGUCCCCGCUCUUGGAUUACGUGGAUGUGACCGACUCACGCUUCGUGGCAGCGCUCCUGUGCAUCGCCUUCAACCCGCUUUUCUGGAAUCUGGUAGGAAGAUGGGAGCACAAGACCCGCUCGCUCACGCACGUCUUCCGCUCUCCCUACAUGGCCUGCUACUGCCUGGGCGCCGUCAUCGUGACCCUUAAUUUUCUGCGGAGCCACUGGAGAUUACUUCGGCAUCCUCAAGGAGGCGAAGGUGACGUCCUUCCCGUUCAAUAUCCUGGACAAUCCCAUGUACUGGGGCAGCACCACCAUCUACCUGGGCUGGUCCAUCAUGCACGCAAGCCCAGCUGGUCUCGUCCUGACAGCGGCCGUGGCGCUGUGUUAUGCGGUUGCGUUGCACUACGAAGGGCCUUUCACGGAGGAAAUCUAUCGCCAAAAGGCACUCAAGAGCAAAUAAGGGUUGCAGAAGGCCAAGAAAAGCUGGGCAGCAGGAGGCAGGAUGAUGUUCUUCCACCCACACAGCCGGCCCUCCGAGGCAGGAUUGUUGGAUCGGACAUGUGCGCUCAGCCUGAUUGCUAAUUACACUUUCCUCCAAUCUCUUCAAAGGUCCCUUUUUGAGAUAGAAGCUGGGGGCGGGGUGGGAGGGUCGAGGGAGGAGGGCUUCCGACCUUCACAAAGACUCGCACCACCCCAGGCGUGGGGGAGGGCUUCUGAUGAGGAGCUUCCCCCCCCCCCGAACUUCCUGUGGCUUCCAUUCAGUGCAUUAAUUUGUGGGUGUUGAUUGUAUAUUUGGAGCAUCAAACAAGUAGGACAGGCAGAAGACCUCGCGGGGAGAACCCAGAACGGCAAUCUGGGGGCAUUCCUUGGUGAGACAGAACAGUUGGAAGGCCCCUGUGCAGGGAUCGGGGGGGGGGGGGGGAUAUUGGGGAUAAGGAAGACGGACUUGGAUGCCGGGCGCCUGUGGCGUCAUAAAGACUCCAAGGCCCCAAAAUGGUCCUGACUGAAGCUCGACCUUAAAUCAGCCCCGAGAUCUUUCAGCAGCCCCGUUCUGCACGCAAGGUGUGACGGCACACGUCUGCCUCCUUCAUCCGGGCCAGCCUCUCCCAGAGAGAACAUACAAAAGCAUCAUUUUCCCAGAGUUUGCAGAAGUUCAGUGCCAAUAGCAUCAUUUGUCCUCGCCUCUCCACACCCUCCGUUCCCAUCUGUGCAAACACUUCCUCGGAAUACAGAAUUCCUUGGACUGGGAGAGGCAAAGCACUUUCUGUAGCAAAGUUCACAUCUGUGACGAAAGCAGCCUCUAUGGGUGUUCGAUGCGCUGCCCGUAUUUUUCAGACCAGGCCGAAGGUGACGUGCUUAAAGUGCUUUUGAAGAUCAAAGACUGGAAAAGCUAUUUGAUGGACUGAGAGGGAUGUGCGUGAGGUUAUACAUUCUUCCCGUUUUCUCUCCUAUUGGCCUUUUGUCAUAGUCCCAUCAUGGGCCUGGCUGUGAAAACUUUUUAAAGCUCUCUUCCUUGUUUCCAAGGAAUCUCCGAUCUCUAACACAAGGGCUUGUCCAGUUCUGUCCACUGCCGCCUUAACGCUGGGUAAGUGCUGAUGCUCGGAACCAGUCCCAGUAUUACCAGCAUAUAUUCAACACGACUCAAAAUGAACUGGAUUAACCGUGAUAUUCAGCGCGCUGUUGUGUGCAGAACUGGACCUUACAUCUCGGUGCAAGAAUCCAGCUGUUUUUCAGUGUGUUCACCACAGUCACAUCUCGGGCUCACACAUACUAAAUAAACGCACACAAAGUAAACAAGGAAA